AGCUACCAGCUAAGAUAUUUUGAAGCAAAUCCAUCAGAUCAGAUCACAAGUAUUCAAAAAAAAAUAUGGAAAUAUAAUUGGAUUUAAUGAAUUCCAAUAAUUGAAGAUCAUAUCAGAGCAUGGGGAUUAUGGGAACAAUCCGUUUGCAGGCGAUAGCGGGCCACGCCAGGCAUGUAUUUCUGCUGGGGUCCAGAAAGUCUUCGUCGGAGGCGGCGGCGGUGCCGAAGGGGCACAUGGCGGUGUACGUAGGGGGGAGGACGGAGGAGAAGAAGCGGCGGUACGUGGUUCCGAUAUGGUACCUGAAGCAUCCGCUGUUCCAACGGCUGCUCCGCCUCGCCGAGGAGGAGUACGGGUUUGACCACCCAAUGGGAGGCCUCACCAUCCCCUGCACCCAGUCUGCUUUCUCGACCGUCACUUCCGCCAUCCUUUUCCAAUGUCCGCCGCCGCCUGCCCGCCGGAGAUCGGGAUCAUCUUAAUAAUACAUAUGGAUUAUGAUCACCAUCGGCAUUAAUUAAGCUAGCUAGUUAAUUUGCAUGCAAAUAUAAUCACUAAUUGUACUUCUCUUUUUUUUAUUCUAAAUGAAAUCUUAUUGUAGCCAUAGCUUAGCUUAGCUAGCUAGUACAUGGUCCUCGACUCCCCGUACCUAAAUAAUACUCUCCCUCCAAUAAAUCUUUCUCGUUUGA